ACACAUAUUGUUGCUUGAAAUUUCACACGUAACAGCGCUUGAAUUCGAGUGACUUUCCCAAUUGCCACAAUUUCAUAAUUUUCAACAAAGUAAAAAUUCUUGGACAAUUAAAAAAAUGAACUCCUGGUGUCGCUGUCGACUUGUAUAACACCGCCACCCUCUCUCACUCCACACACUAUUGUUCUGCUGGCGAUGGUUACAACUUGCAAAUGCAUUUAGUGUGUCGAUACUAAUUCGUGAAGGACGUGAAUCCGUGUGGAAUAUUCUUGUUUUGCAACCCAUUUUAGGCAGGCUUUGUCACCAUGGGAUAUCUUGGAUUUUCAGAACACCGGAUCGUUUUUAUUUUUGCCUUCUUUGUUCCAGUGCACAUCGUGCAUGGAGAUCUGAGCUAUAGUCUUCCCGAGGAGCUGAAACGCUCGUCUGUUGUUGGAAAUAUAGCCAAAGAUCUUGGUGCUGAUCCGAGGACGCUGUCAACACGGAAUGCCCGUGUUAAUGUGGCGGGGACAAGUAAGCAGUAUUUUGCGGUUAAUCUGAGUACAGGAGAUUUGAUCACAUCGGAGAGAAUAGAUAGAGAAAGCCUUUGUGGGAAGAAGCCAUCUUGCAUUAAUAAGAUUGAUCUAGUGUUAGAAAAUCCUCUUGAGCUUCAUCGUAUAAAUCUUCAUGUUCAAGAUGUGAAUGACAAUUCCCCCAAAUUUAAAAAUAAUUUGAUUGAAAUGGAAAUACGGGAGUCAGCAGAAAAGGGCAGUCGUUUUGCAAUUGAGGAGGCCCAUGAUGCAGAUAUAGGCAAAAAUGAUGUUCAAAGAUACAUUCUGCAAAAGAACAACAACUUUAUUCUCUCUGUUGACAGCAACAAAGUUGAACUUGUGUUGGAAAAUAAAUUGGACCGAGAAAAGCAAAAUGAGAUCAAUUUGCUUCUCACAGCUUUAGAUGGUGGCUCCCCUCAGAGAUCGGGUACAGUCAUCAUACACGUCACUGUGCUUGAUGCAAACGAUAACGCCCCUGUGUUCACUCAGACCACGUAUAAAACCACACUGCCUGAAAACUCUCCUUUUAGCACAUUCGUGAUUAAUGUUAGUGCGACUGAUGCUGAUGAGGGAGUGAACGGAGAUGUGACGUAUGAUUUUGGCCAUGUAUCUGACGUAGAUAAUUUAUUUUCUAUUGAUCCAGCAUCAGGGGAAAUUAAAGUAAGUGGUUUAAUUGAUUUUGAGGAAACUAUUUCUUUUGAAAUAAAAGUAGAAGCCAAAGAUGGUUUAGGUUUGACCUCAUAUGCCAAAGUUGUAAUAGAUAUUACUGAUGUAAAUGACAAUGCCCCUGCCAUCAAUUUAAUGUCACUGACCAAUCCAGUAGCAGAGAAUGUCUCACCCGGUACUGAGGUGGGCAUCAUAAACGUGCAGGACAGAGACUCGGAUAAGAACGGACAGGUGCACUGCUUGAUUCAAGAAAACGUCCCCUUUAAGUUAGUUCCUUCUAUUUCAAACUAUUAUUCUCUGGUGACAACUGCACAACUGGAUCGUGAACUGGUGUCUGAUUACAACAUUACCAUCAGUGCCACUGACGAGGGCUCUCCUCCUCAGUCCUCCACUAAAAGUCUUCACUUGUCUGUAGCAGACAUCAAUGACAACCCACCCAUAUUUGACGUGGAGUCCUACAGCGCUUAUGUGAGUGAAAAUAACAAAGCCGGCUCCACUUUAUGUUCCGUUAGUGCCCGAGACCCUGACUGGAGACAGAAUGGCAGUGUGAUUUAUUCUCUGUUGGCUGCUGAAGUAAACGGUGCCCCAGUGUCCUCCUAUGUGUCCGUUAAUGGAGACACGGGAGUCAUCCACGCCGUCAGGUCAUUUGAUUAUGAACACUUGAAAAGUUUUCAAGUCCACGUCAUGGCCAGAGACAACGGUUCUCCUCCACUGAGCAGCAAUGUCAGCGUCAGUGUGUUUGUCUCAGACGUGAACGACAACGCCCCUCAGAUCCUGUACCCUGCCCCGGAGGGCAACUCCUUCAUGACUGAGCUGGUCCCCAAAGCUGCUCACGGAGGCUCUGUAGUGUCCAAAGUGAUAGCAGUGGACGCAGACUCCGGACAGAAUGCCUGGCUCUCAUAUCAUAUAGCCAAGUCCACAGAUCCGGGACUUUUCACAAUUGGUCUCCAUAGUGGAGAGAUCAGGACCCAGCGGGACAUUAUGGAAUCUGACAGCAUGAAACAGAACCUGAUUGUGGCAGUGAAAGAUAAUGGACAGCCCCCUCGCUCAGCCACCUGCUCCAUGUAUUUACUUCUUUCUGAUAACUUAGCUGAGGUGCCGGAACUGAAGGACAUUUCUUAUGAGCAAAAUAAUUCCAAACUGACCUCUUAUCUGAUCAUUGCCCUGGUGUCUGUGUCCACCUUUUUUCUGACCUUCAUCAUCAUCGUCCUUGGUGUUAGAUUUUGUCGUCGGAGAAAGCCCAGGAUGUUGUUUGACGGAGCAGUUGCUAUCCCAAGCGCAUAUCUCCCUCCUAAUUAUGCAGAUGUUGAUGGAACUGGAACUUUACGAAGCACCUACAACUAUGACGCUUACUUGACAACAGGUUCCCGAACUAGUGACUUUAAGUUUGUGUCGUCGUACAAUGACAACACGCUGCCUGCUGAGCAGACUCUGAGAAAAAGUCCAACAGAAUUCCUCGAUGCUUUUGGUGACAUUGAUGAGGUAAGCUAAUUUUCAAUUAUUUCACUUGUCACAUGCACCCUACGGUUUUAUAGUAUUCAGAAUAUCACACAAACGUUAGUCUCAUCAAAAG